AUGAUUCUUAUAUUAUUGAUUUGGUAUAAAUCUCCAAAAAAAUUGGGAUCUUACAAAUAUCUCAUGUUAUUCUCCUCUUUUUGUUCAAUCUUCUUAUCGAUUAUGGAAAUUGUAGCGAGAGUUGUGAGUUUUUUGAAGAAAAAAAAUAAUAAAUGAAUUUUCAAUUUUUCAUUCAGAAUGCUUUAUCAUUUGGGACAAGUUUUGUGGCUUUCAUUGAUCGUAGAGAUUCAAUUUUCUCGUUUGAGAUCGAUAAGAUCAUUUUGUGUAAAUCAAUUGUUUUUUUUUAAUUUUCAAAAUGUGUAUCUUGACAUUUUCAGGUGUUGGUUGUUCUUGUUGUGGAAUGAUAAUGUAUACUUCAGUUAUUCAUUUCAUUUUUCGAUUAUGGGCUAUUGAAAGGUAAACAAUAAUAAUUAGAAAAAAUAUGUUACGAUCACAAAAUUUAGAAAAGGACGGCUGAAGCAUUUCGAAAAAUACCGUAUAAUUUUUUGGUUAUCAAUUCCAAUUUUUAUGGGAAUUCUUUGGACUUUUACCGUAUAUUUUGGAUUACACAUUGAUCAAGUAGCUUUGGAAUAUAUAAGGUAAUUUAGAAGUUUUUAAUUUCUGAAUUGAGCCAGAUCCGAGUAUUCGGAUUAUCAGAAUGACUGAAUAGAAUCAAGACAACCUCAUUUACAUUUUAAAGGCCAAGUUUAAAAAGUUCUUAUGGAAUUGAUCCGAAAGAUGUUGCGAUAAUUGGAGAAUAUUAUUAUUCUCCAAAUAAAUUGAAUUUUUAUCGAAACUUGGGAGGUCUUCUUGUAAUUAGUGUGACAAUGAUAAUAUCGAGUGGUAUCAUAAUUUAUUGUGGUGUGCGAAUAUUUCGAAAAAUUCGCAAAAUCUACGAGAAAGGCGGUGCUCCGGGCACAAAACGGUUGCAAACUCAACUUUACAAGGCGCUUGUUGUUCAGGUUUGAAAAGAUUUUCCUAGGACAAACUAUUUUUGAACUAAAAUGAUCUUUUCAGACAAUUCUACCAUUAUUUCUAACUAUUAUACCAGUCGGAAUCCUCAAUUAUUUCCCAUUAAUCAACAUUGAUCUUGGAAUUUAUAGUCAAAUUCCUAAUGCAAUAAUUGCAAUUUAUCCAAUUUUCGAGCCUCUUCCUGCAUUAAUCAUCAUUGAUGAUUAUCGUAUUGGUUUUUGGAAUAUGGUUAAACCUAGAUUCACUAGAGAAAAUCAAGUUCAACCUCAAUCUCCAAGGAAUUCUAAUUCAUAUGAGCUAGAAAACCGGGAUACUCAAAACAUUUAAAAACGGAAGUUUGUGAAAAUAAUGUUCUUGUUUGUUUGUUUAUCCUUAUUGUUUUCAAAAUGAUUUUAAUCGUAUGAUUUUCAAAUCAAAACGUGUACCAAAUCACUAUACACUUUUUAAAAUAAAAUCUAAUUUUUAAAAUUAUCCCCCAGAAAAAAACUCACAGCUGGAGCACAUUUCAUAAUAUCCGGACACAAAUCAAUCGAUAAUUCCGACCAAAAUUCGAUAAUCCAACCCACAUCUAUCAAAUAUUCGCCUUUCCAGCGAUUUUGGAGAAGUUCCGAAUUUCCACAGAAUCGUCCACUCGAUUCCAAGGUUUCCACAUCGAUCGAAUCGCUCCAAUCAAAUAUUGACUCGAAUGUUCCUGAAAAAAGCGAAAUGAUUUAAAUUUCAAUCUCGUUCCCGAAAAAAAUUCCAAACAAAACGUACCUUUUUAUUAUUUCAGUCUGAAAAAACUGCAUUUCGCGUUUUCUCUUAAAUUCGAAAUGAAUGCCAUCGAAAUAUGGCAGAAAUGCAGAUUUCCACGCAAAAACGUGGCAACAUCCAAAAAAUCGCAAAAAACAGAAAAUUCAUAUUUUUUUGUUUGGAGAAACAAAAAAUAAAAAUUCCCGGGAUGUUUGUUUGCAUCGCUUCGAGACACAGCGAUGAUUAGAAAUGUUCCUUUAACAUUUACACCGUAUACGGUCUUCUCUCGUCUGUCUUCUGAAAAAUUGAACUAAAUUUGCGUCUCAAAUCAUCGAUUUCAGUGAAAAACCAAAGGAAACAUAUUUUUCAAUCAAAAAUUGAAAUAAACUAAUAAAUUAUAGAGCAUCAUUGUAUGAAACACAAAAAAAAUAGUUUUCCAUUUGAAACAAACAUGAAUUUUCUCAAAUAACCAGGAAAAACUCGAAAAAACAGAUAAAACCGUUUUUUCGAAAAAAAAAACAUUGAAAUAAAAGUAAAAAUGGAAGGUCGCUCCAUUGCAUUUCGCACGCUGUCUCGCACUCUCUCAUUUUUUGCAAAAAAAGGGUGUGUGUACCCUAGAGGUUUUUAUGUUUUUUUCUUUUUUUUUCAGAAUUUUCGUUAUGGGGUGCAGGGGUGGGGAAAAUGUCAUGGCCUCAUGUUGUCCUGUCCUUGAAUAUGGCCUAAACUUGUCCUGGCUCGAACAUGGCUUGAACAUGUCCUAAAGCCAUAUGCCCAACCUGUCCUCGCGUGAACAAAAAUUAACAGAGAAAUUUUUUUUUCUGCAUAAAAAAAAUAAAAAUGCGAUCUUCUCUGUUUUUCGGCGUAUUUUUUCUCAACUAAAAAAAGAACCUGUCCAGGACAGGACAGGUAGCCAGGUUUACAUGUGGACCUGUCAUGGCUUAUGUUCUUACCACCACAGCCAACAUGAGGACAACGUGAGGCCAGUUUCCCCACCCCUGAUGGGGUGAUUCAGGUCGAAAAAAAACUAAAAAAAAACGUUUUUUUACAAAAAACUUCGAUUCAGCAAAUGUCAAAAAACUAUUUUUUUUUCCUAUUUUUCGACAUUGUUUGACAUUUUUUUUCAUUGAAACAUUUUCGCUGCGAGAUAUCUCUCAUUUUUGUGUGGAAAAAGAUAGGGUUUUUUGACAUUUGCUGAAUCGAAUUUUUUUGUAAAAAAACGUUUUUUUUAGUUUUUUUUUUCGACCUGAAUCAUCCCAGUACAAUUCUUUAUCUAGUCUAUUCUAAUUCAUUAUUCAGUCUAUUCUAAUAAUAACAACAUGUACUUCGAGAAAGUAGGGGAAAAACUUGGGAAGCCACUUCUGAACGUUUGAAAAAUUGAAAGCCUAUUUUCUCAGGCAGUUUUUCGAUAAUUUAAUUUUAAAAGAAUAUCCAACAUUUUCCAAAAAGCAUAAUUUUGAAAAUCAGAUACUAACUUGUAAUAUUUUUUUAAAAAUUAAGCGUUUCCCAAAAAAUCAAAAUUAUUUUAAUCCUUUACACCCAUAUUUUGACACCAAUCAAUCAUUUUCUAAUUCCUUGGGAUGUGCAAACAUUUCAAAUAAAAUAUUUCCAUUUAUUUAUAUCUAACAAUAAUAAUAAUUUAAUAAUUUUGUGUUUCCCUCUGAUUUUAUUCAAUUAUCCAACACAUUCGUUCAUCCUCUCCUUUUCUUCUAUUUUCAUCCAAACUCCUCCCAUUUUUCCGCCAAACUCCGCCCUUUUCUUUGCUUCACCGCAAUCUGUUUUGGUUUUAGUUUAACAAGGUGAUUAGCUUUAGAUGUUCAAGCUUUUUUUUCAAAACUUCACAACAUUUCAGGUUUUGGCUCGAACAAAUCAAUCAAAUGAUAAGGAAACUUCGAUGAGGAUUUCACUUUUUUUCAUUUUUCUUCCAAGUCUUUUCCUAAUUCAUUGUUGUGGUGAGUCAUUUUCCCGGGCGCGCAGCAGGAUAUUAACCAACCAAGCCACCCAAAAAAUGCAAAUUUUUACGAUUGUCGCUUUUUGAAGAAAAGAAACAUCAUAGUUUUAGAAGAAUAAGGAGACCAUAUGGGGUAUAAUGAUUAAAUACUUGGCCCAUAUUUUUUGUGGAAAAAAGAAGAGUAAACAAAAAUUACUCAAGGUUAAAGAUUUUUGAGAAAAAAUUGAGAUACAAUUGAAGUUCAACAAAAAAAUGUUGCAGAUUGCGCAUAUUUGUUGGUCGAGCCAUCGUUUUUAUUAGUCGAAGAGGAUUGGAAAGUGUCAACAAGUUUACCGGUUACAAUUUGUCCGAGAAAUGUGAAGGUUAGAAAAAUUCAACAUUUUGAACAGGGAAAACUUUGGAAAUCCUAUGAAACUUUCCCGAGUAUCAGUUUUUUGAAAAAAAAGUAUUCCGGAACUUUACAAUUGUUAGUCAAAGGGAACUUUUUCUCAAGCUAAUUUUUAAUUUUCUUGAGUAGUUAUUUUUCUUUCUAAUUUUAGUUCACCAGUGUUUAUGUGUUCUGGAAAAUUAGAAAAACUUGGAAUUUGUAAAAACUUCAAUGUUUUUCAAAUAUUUGUGAAUCUUCCGAAAGAUUUUCCAAAAUUUAGAAAAAAAAUAGAAUCUCAAAACCUCAUGAAAAUAGUUUGACAAAAUGACUUUUAAAAAUUUCAAAUCAAUUUUUCCUCCUGAAAUAUUUCUCCAAAAUUAUUUCAGAUAAUUUCCGGUGAUCCAACUCAUUAUUUCGACGUAAUUCGAAUCAACGAAACGUGCGCAACCCUUCGAUUAAAUACCGCUUUGGACGCAGAUGUGAGUUUUCGAUUGUUUUUGUUUUGAGGCUUCUUCUUUUGCUUCUUCUUUAUUUGGUAGUUGUUAGGGGGAAGCGAAACGGGAGACGAAGGAUUAGGUGCUUCGCAUCGAUGAAUUUUCUCCACCCGUUUUUGUUUGAAAAACGGAUUUAUUGAUGACUAGCAAACUCGAACCAAACUUUUUUCUGCUGUUUUUGUUUUGGAGAAAAUUUUGGAGAAACUUGGAGGGGUCAAAUUGAAUAUGUAAUUUGUGAAACAAGAAAAUUAAAGCUCAAAAAACAUUUAUUAGAUAAAAUAACCAACUAUCAAAACUCUGAAGAAAACUAUUCCAAACUGUUUAAAAAUUAUAUGAAAAAAUUUUUAAUCAAUUUUUGAAUUUCUUGUUAAAUAGCCAAAAACAAUGUUAUGUUUGAAAAAAAUUUUUGGACCAAUUUUCAAUUUAUUUUUUGAAUUUCGGAACUGUACAACCAUAUUUUCUUUCAAUUUUUUUCCGAUUCUCUAAAUAUUUCUUUUUAAAAAAAUGACAUCAUCCAAAUUCCAACCUUGUUAACAAAAUGAUAUAUUUUUAUGUAUAUGUUUUUCCAAAUAUUGACACGAAUGACCAGCCAGUCAAGCCAGCCUGAUAGCUGAUCUCAAAAACACACAACCCUUUGUACAUUUGCCCUUUUCGCAAAAACGAAGGGGUCAAAAACAAUUCACACACGCUUUUCUCAUUGUCAGAAAGAAAAGUAAGAAGAUUACUGUAAUCGCAAGAUGUCACGUUUUUUAUUUCUUUCGGUUACUUUUUUUUCAAUUCAAAAUGGUUUUCUUUUCAAGAAAUGAAAAAGGCCUUGAAAUCAAAUAGGCGUUCAUAAACUUAUUAUUCAUUUUACAUAUACAUAAGGAUCAGAUUUUCUGGGUAGACGAAGAAAAAGUAGGGUGGUUUGUUGUAAUUAACACAUUUUCCUUCUAAAAAGAAGAAGGAGAUACUUACUCAACUUGUAAGAGGAACUGCUAAUUUGAAAAAAAAAAGUGAAGAGGAACGGGUUUACUAACAAUAAAUUACGUAUUCAUUGAAAUCGACUAAUUCAUAUUUAAUUUUUGUUUUGUUUUUAGUGGAAAAUAUAUUGUUUGAUGUUUGAUUUGAGCAAUGAAUAAUUAAUGAAAAGUUAGGGGAAGUUAGCUGAAGUUUUAGUUGGAAAGAAAGUGGGGAAUUUAAAGUUUCAGAAAAAAUUUUGGUCAAACAGCUUUUCAUGAAAAUGUAACCUAUGUAUCCGAUUUUCAAAAUUUUACCCAAAUCCGUUUUUUUUCCAGUUUUCACAUGCGUAUUCAAACAUUCAUAAAAUUCCAACUUCUUUUUUUUCUUUUCCAUCAUAUCAAAAACAUAAUAACAAUAUAAUAAUACAAAUCUUAUUGAAUGCCAGUCGGCCUUCAGCCGUUAGCAUUUCAUUUUAUUUCGAAAAUUGACCAGUUUUCGCACUUUAUUCAUUUUUUUCUUAUUUCGCAUCUUCCGAAAACGAGGACAAAAACAAAAAGUUGACUAAUUCGAUUAUCGAUUCUUCUCACACAAACAUGGAUAAAUGAAUGUAUGAAUUAGCUUGAUAUUAGAUGUAUGUUUUUUUCAAAGCUGGCAGAUAGGCAGGAAGGUUGAAAAGUAUCGGAAAAACAAUUAAUUAUUAAGGAAGCUUCAUUUCCUGAAGAAAAAUAGGAUAAUUAUCUAUAUGACAGAAGGAGGAAAGAAAAAUGUCAUUAAGUGCAGUUUAUCAAUUAUUUAUGAUUUUGUUGGUUGAUAUUUACAACAAAUUUAAGACGUUUAUUUUAUUAUUUUUUAGAGGAAAGGGAGGAGAAUUUCGUAGAGAGAAUAAAAAUAAGUUCUGAAAAUUCACAAUUUUUUUCUCUCGAAAUAUUUUUUGUGUUGAGUUUCAUCGAUUGUAAGAACCUCAAAUUUGGGACCCUCAAUUUUAUUUUUUUUCAAAAUUACAAAAUCUUCCUAUUCCUUUAUGAUGUUCAAAAUAAAAAGUGAAACCUUAGUUCUAUUUUCGGUCAAUUGCAUAAUCAAGUGUCCUUUACCAGUAGUUCAUAACAAUAAAAAUAUAAAGGAAGCCGAAAUAACACUUGAGAAGUAAAUAACCAUUAUCUUAUUCAUUCAAAUAUAAAAACAAAAAUAACAAUUUUUUCCAGAAACAAGAUGGUUUUGGUGGACAGGGCCAAUCAUUUUCGCUUGUCAUCGCUGGACCCAAAAAAUCGCGAGCAACUCUAGAAAUUCAAAUCGUUGAUGUCAAUGAUAAUCCACCGGUUUUCUACAACACAAUUUCGAGUUUGGAAGUUUCGGAGAGCACUGAAGUUGAAACUGAGUUAUUCAAAGUUUAUACAAGUGAUCCGGAUACUGGAAUAAAUGGAAUAUCGAGAUUUUCAAUUGAUAAUGAAUAUUUCAAAGUUGAUAAAAAACGAAAAUGUGGAAAUGGAAAAUGUUCGAGUUCGAUAACACUUGCGAAACCAUUGAGUUUUGAAAAUAAGCCGAUUCAUGUUUUCAAUGUGACUGCGAGAGAUGGAGAUCCACAUACAAAUCGAACUCAUAUUGUGACUCAUACAGUUACUGUAAACGUCAAAAAUGAACAGAAGUGAGUACUACUUUAGAUUGAAUUUAAACAAAAAAUGGUAAUUCUUACAGUAACCCGCCAGUCUUCGAAAAUGAUUUUUCAAAAACAAUCAACUUCAAAGCAUCAGAUGAAAUUGUUGUCAAAAUUCGAGCAAUUGAUAAAGAUUUUUCAAAAGUUAUCAAAUAUUCGAUUGAAGAAAAUGCAUAUUUCGAAAUUGAUGAAAAAUCGGGAGAAAUUCGAAUUCGUCAGAUUCCACCGGAAAAUCAAUUGAUUAGCUUAGAAGUUACUGCAACUGAAGAUGAUUCGGCUAAAUUGAAAACAUCUGCAAAAAUUAAUCUGAUGUUGACAACUACAGUAACCCAACAAUUAUGCGAAUAUCCAAUUUAUGAGGCAAAAUUAAUUGAAGGAAUGGGUGAAUUUGAAAAUCCAGUGAAGAUUAAGAUUUUGGGAGCUUCAAAUCAAAAUAUUCGAUUGAUUGGUGGCACUGAAUCAUUUGCUAUCGAAAAUGUGAAUGAAAAUGAGAUUGAAUUAAAAAUAUCAGAUAAAGUUAAAGUUGCAUCACAAAAUUUGGAUAAUGCUCAACUUUUGAUAAAAUCAACAUCUUCUGGUGGACAAUGUCGAAUAACACUUCGAUCAAUUCAAAAAGAACAACUGGUUCCAAAAAUGACACCGCAAAAAAUCAAACAUUCGAAUAUCAAAUUCGAAAAUGAUGGAUAUAUUUUGGAAGUUGUGGAGAAUAAAGAGCCCGGAGAAAUUGUUGGAAUUGUGAGGAUUUUGGGCAGCAAAAUAGAUGUUGAUUAUAGUUUAUCUGGAGAAAAUGCACAGAAAUUUGAAAUCGAUGGAAGUUCUGGGGAGAUUAAGACUAAAGAAAAAUUGGAUCGCGAAGAAAUUGCGAGAUAUCAUUUGACUGUUAAAGCUGAAACAAAAGAUGGUGAGUAUUUUGCUUUUUUGCUUCAUCCUCACACAGUGCGGAUUCCUUACUUUUCAGAUUAUUUCUGACAAACAACUCAAUAAUUUUAUUUCUAGGUUCAUCUGCAAAAAUGGCGGUCACAAUCAAUGUUCUCGAUGAAAAUGACAAUUCACCAAUUUUUGAAAAAUCUGAAUAUGUUAUCACAAUUGAUGAAGGAAAAGCUGAUAAGCUUCAAGUAACUGCAAAAGAUUCAGACGAUUCGAAAAAUGGAGAAAUUGUUUAUACAAUUCUUAACAAACCUCAAGAUCUUCCAAUUGAUAUUUCAUCCGAAGGUCUUAUUUUUAUUGGAGCAAUUGAUCGAGAGAGUUUGUCAUCAAAAACAUCGGAUAUUUUAUUAACAAUUCAAGCAAAGGAUAAAGGUGAUCCAGCAAGAUCUUCCGAAGCUAAAGUUAUUAUCAAAGUUCGAGAUAUCAAUGAUAAUUCGCCGAUUUUUGAUAACUCGAGAUAUUCAAUAAUUCUUGAUGCAAAUAUUUCACCUGGUGGAGUUUUUGGUAAUAUUCAUGCAGAUGAUUUAGAUGCAACAAGUCCAAAUAAUUAUGUAACAUAUUCAACAGCUGAUAAUCGAUUCAAAAUAAGUGAUAAUGGAGAUAUUGUUUUUGUUGGACCUGGUAUUUUAAGCAAAGAUAAUUAUUUGGAAUUUAAUGUAACUGCAAAAGAUGGAGGAAUUCCGGAAAACACUGCAAUUGCUCAAGUUGUUAUAAAUGAACAUAAAUCGGGUUUGCAAAAUGAAUUAACAACUGAAAUUAAUAGUAAUGAUACAAUGUCAAAAUCUGAAAUCAAAUGGUUAAAUGCUGGAAUGCCGGGAUAUAAUUAUGAAAUUGUAAGAGCAACAGCAAAUGGAUUUGAUGAUAAAGAAGUUGCAAAAUGGAUUGAAAUUGAUAGAAAAUCUGGAAGAAUUCACACAAUUUCUAGAAUUGAUCCUGAUCUUGUCAAACAAAUCAAAUUAUAUAUAAGUAUGAGAAAAGGAAAGCGAGAAGUUCCAGUUGAAUUGAUUAUAAAUGUUGUGGAUACAGAUGAAGUUAUCCCAAGUUAUCCGAAAAAUGUUAUGAAAUUCACUACUACUGAAUCUGUAACAAUUGGCUCAACGAUUGCUGAUUUACAUGUUGAAAAUGUAUCUCCGAAAAUUAGCACAGAGUAAGUUAUAACUUUUUUAUUUUUUUUUUAUUUUACUAACAAAUACUAACAGAUACACACUAACAAUAACAAAAGGUCCAAAGGGAAAACUGAAAAUUAAUCCAGCUGGAAGAAUCAUUUUGGAAAAACAAUUGGAUUAUGAGAAGGAACAAAUUAUUGAAGGAAAGGUUACGGCAAAAGUUCGAGGAAAAAUUGCGAGUGUUCGAUUUGAAAUCAAGAUUCUUGAUGCGAAUGAUAACCGGUACUAACUACUAACUUUUUAAUCAUUUUUUCUUUCAAAAAUUCCAAAAACCAACUCAUCUUUUUCCAGACCGGUCUUCAAAAACGGCUCCAUUUUUUCAAUCUACAUUGAGGAAAGUGCUGUUCUCGGAACACUUCUAGAUCUACCGUAUCCUUUAGCCGUUGAUAAAGAUUCUGGAAAUUUCGCGCUUCUCAAAUAUUCAAUGACUGGAGAUGAAGGUUUUUUCAAAAUCGAUGCAAGUAAUUCAACGAUUCGAUUGGUUGCUCCACUUGAUUAUGAAAAACAACGAGUACAUUCUUUGAGUGUGAAAUGUGUUGAUAAUGAUGGAAAGAUUCCACAUCAUGAGGUUUUUGCAUCGGUGAGUUUAUGGGGAAAAUUUUGGGGAGAAGUAGUUAUGACGUGGCAGAAGCUGAGGGUUUAGGGUUUUCAGUUAUUUUCAAAGGAGUCCAAAAUUUUUAAUUUUCUAAUUUCAGCAUGUUAAAAAUCCCAUCACUUUUGGAUACUGUAACUAUUUUUAUGUUUUUCAAAGUAAAAAAAAAAAUCCUAGAUUAUCGAAAAUGGAAAUUUCUCAAAAAAUGUAUUUUUUUUGUAGAUCACAGUUUAUGUUUUGGAUGUGAAUGACAAUGCUCCAAUAAUUCACAACACUGAUUUAACUCAUCUAAAUGUUGGAGAAGAUGCAACAAUCGGAACUGUUGUUACAGUACUUUUAAUAACUGAUGCGGAUGAAAAUGGAAAACAAAGAUUGAAUGUUGAUAUAAACAGCACUAUGUUCCGAGUUGAUGACACUUUCCGAUUACUCGUUGAUGCGCCUUUAAUCGGUUAUGCUGGACAACGACUUUGCUCAACAUUAACAGUCAAAGAUUCAUCAAUGAAAACAUCAUCUCCAUAUUGUGUAACAGUUUAUCCAGCUAAAAACACUCAUCAUAAUCCACUUGUCAUUUCGCCCAAACAAAACUCGAUUCAUUAUUUUGAUGAGAACAUUGUUUAUGAUGAAUUAUUGCGUGUGAAAGUGUUGGAAGAGGAAAAUGCUGCUGGAAAUGUGACUUUUAAAUUGGAUGAGAUGUUUAAGAAGGAUUGGCAAAUGUUUAAUAUUGAUAAGGAUUUGGGGAUUUUGACUGCCAAACAACCAUUUGAUUUUGAGAAGAAAACUGUGCAUGAGAUCAAGAUUCUAGCGUGUAGAUCGGAGAAUUGUGCAUCAACACAUUUAUUCAUUUCAGUAAAUGAUAGAAAUGAUAAUUGUCCAAUGUUUCCAAAACAAGAUGUUCGAUUAACUGUUGUAGAAAAUGAAAAAGGACGAAGACAAGUUGGCAGAAUUCCAGCUGCUCUUGAUUCCGAUUUCCAUUCUGAUAAUACCAAAGUAUGUUAUACAACAGACACUCCAAUGUUCAUAUUUGAUGAUCCAACACUUCCAAUUCUUUAUACAAAUAGCAGUUUUGAUCGAGAACAUCAAAAACAACAUCAAAUUACAAUCACAGCUUAUGAUUGUCAUUUAUCAUGUCGUGAUCCACAUAAAACUACAAAUGGGACAAUUGUUGCAUUGAUUGAUGUCAUUGAUGUAAAUGAUAAUUUCCCAAAAUUCACACAAAAUAUCUAUACAACAACAAUUGUUCAAGGACAAAGUACUGGACCAAUUAUGACUGUAACUGCAACUGAUUUAGAUGAAGAAAUUGAUGGAUUGAAAUAUCAUAUUCGUGGAUUUAUUCGAACUCCAAGUGGAACAUUUUCAACUCAAGAUUCGCCACUUUCAAUCGAUGAAUUGAGCGGAGAAAUCAGCUCAAAUGAACUUCUCAAAGAACCGUCUUAUCAAUUCAAUGUUGUUGUGACAGAUUCAGCUGGACAUGAAGAUACUUGUAGUGUUAGUAUUUCUGUUGUAACUUAUGCUCAACAAACUGAACUUGUAUUUGAUUCACCGUUUGAUUUGAUUAUGAAGAGUCAGAAAAUUAUCGGAGAGUGAGUUGAGAUUUUUUGUUAAAGUUUUACUGGAUUUUUUUUGUAGAAAACUAUCGAAUGCCACUGGUCUUCAAGCAAUUAUUGAUAAAUGUCGGCAAAAUUCGAAUUUUUCUUUGAUGUUGGUUCAUUUUAUUGAGGAAGAUGGAACUUUUGCGAAUGUGGAUCGAGCUGUCAAGUGAGUUGGGUCUGCCUUUUUGAAAUAAAAUCAGAAAAUUAACAGCUAAUUGCCACGUGGCAUAGGCCACGUAAAUUUUUUGCAAAAAUUGAAUUUUCUAGAUGAUAUUAAGUUAGACCAGAAAAUUACUAGAAUAUUUAGAAUCUUGAAGUUUUUGAUGAAUAUUUUCAAAUUUUCGAAGUGAAAAUUGACACAAAACAACUCUAAACUUUAGAAAAUCUCACUUAUUCCAGUUUGCUGAUGACAUCAAAUUCUGAAUCUCGAAAAGAUCUUCGUUCAACUUUCGGUCUUCGCGAAGCCUUUUCUCCAAUCCCCGUCCAAUCAAAAAUGCCACAAAUAAUAAUCAUGGCAAUUCUAAUAUUCUUCCUAGUCUUCAUAAUUGGUAUGUGUAUUUGGUGUCGUCAACGCAAUAAUUACGAGCGAAAACUUCGACAUAUUUCGGCGCAAGCAUCUACAGUACACACUGUGACAUUAGGUCGACCGAAUCAAAUGACUAAAUCAGCUGUUUAUGGAGAUGUUCCGAUUGUUCGACAUCCACCGCCUCCACCGCCACUCGAAAAUUUACAAUCUACUGAACUCUAG